AUGGAGAAACUUAUUACAAGUUGUUGGUCAGAUUUUCAAUCUGUCCCCCAUGACUACAUAUUUCCACCAGAAACAAGACCAGGGAAUCUCAAAAUCCCAUUCAACAGCAGCAUCCCAGUGAUUGAUCUCAGUGGUGAUAGAACAAAUGCAAUUCAAAAAAUGAUCAAAGCUGCUCAGGAGUUUGGAUUCUUCCAGGUUAUCAAUCACGGAGUCUCGGUGAAUCAAAUGAAUGAAACAAUGAAUGUUUUCAGUGAAGUGUUUAAGAUGCCUGAUGAGUACAAGAAAAACCUCUUUUCAAAUGAUCCUUCCAAGCCAUGUAAGAUGUUUACUAGCAGUAUCAACUAUGACAGCGAAAAGGUUCAUCUAUGGAGAGACAAUCUUAGACACCAAUGUUAUCCUUUGGAGAAGUGGCAACACUUAUGGCCUGAAAAUCCAACUAAUUACAGAGAGUAUGUUGGAGAUUUCUCAACCGAAGUUAAAAAACUAGGUUCGAGGAUCAUGAAUUUGAUCGGCGAAGGGCUUGGUCUAAAAUACGGAUAUUUUGACAAUGAUCUUACGGGGUCAAUUCUUUUAUCGGUUAAUCAUUAUCCACCAUGUCCUGAACCAAAUUUAACACUAGGAAUCACCAAACACUCAGAUCCUAAUCUCAUCACGAUUUUACUUCAAGAUGAUGUAUCUGGUCUUCAAGUAUUCAAAGAUGAAGAGUGGAUUGCUGUUGAAGCUAUUCCUCAAGCUUUUGUCAUAAAUGUAGGCUACCAGUUGCAGAUAAUCAGUAAUGGGAAGCUAAAGAGUGCUGAGCAUCGGGUUGUGACAAAUUCAGGUCAUGCUCGUACAACUGCUGCAUUUUUCUUAGCUCCUUCAGAUAAUUGUAAUGUAGGGCCAGCAGAAGAUAUCACUGAUGAACACAAUCCACCAAUUUUCAAGUCUUUCAAAUAUAAGGAGUUCAACUCACACUACUUUAACAAAUAUGGUGAUACAGAUGUGGUGCUAAAAUCAUUUGAGACACCACGGAAUUAA